AUGUCUCAGCGCGAGCAUGCUGAGGACGUGAUUUGGUGGUCAAUCAAGAAUGCUACCGACUUCGAUGCCCAUCGGCGUACUAUUAUCUUAUUCCACAACAAGAGGAGCGAAAAGCUGCCCAAUCCAAUAAAAUGGGUAGAUAACACCGGUUCGGCGUGGCCAGAACUCACCACCACACUCGAAACCUUGCAAAUGCAGCGCAUUGCAAUCAAUGUGGACAGCGACAUCAACUUUGCGAGCGGGUUGCACGUCGGGGAGCUGAUCGCUCUCCGGGAAAACAUCUUCGAAUCUUGGGUCGGGCAGUUAGUGAAUGUCCCGAUGCUGGGCGUUGAAUAUGUAGCAACCAGAGUCGAUGGAAUGUUGGAAUACUACCGUGAUCUACAAGAGAUCGUUUGGGCAAUGUUGGAAGAGGGGUUUUCUCACAAAGUCAUUGAGCCUGGCGUGACGACGACGGUGGACCUUCAGUGGUGGUUCCGCGAGAAGAUGCAAGGGCUCAAUGUGACCACCUGGAACCAACCCAGAAUCUCCGUCAUAGUCCCAGAAUCAUUUCCUGGGUGGGAAGGCACGGACGAUGUAAUCCAAGAAGGCGAUCUGCUGCAUAUCGACUUCGGGAUAACGGCCAUGGGGUUGAAUACAGACACACAACAUAUGGCAUACGUUCUUCGUACUUCCGAGGGCGAGAAAGAUGCACCUGAGGGAUUGAAGAAGGGCGUGAAGAAAGCGAAUCGCAUGCAGGAUAUUGUCCUUGACUACAUGCGUCCAGGGCUCACGGGGAACGAGGUCUUGACUAAGAGCCUUGAGCGCAUGAAAGCAGAAAAUAUCACUGGUCAGAUUUUCUGCCACCCAAUUGGUGAUUGGGGGCAUGAUGCUGGAGCUGUCAUAGGCUUCACAAAUCUCCCUGAGCAUGUACCAAUCUUGGGAGACCUGCCCAUACUUCCGAAUACGUUUUAUAGCAUAGAGCUAUACGCGUAUCACUUCGUCCCAGAAAGAAACGAGACGUUGAGGUUCCGACUAGAAGAAAAUGCCCAUUGGUCCGAGGAGGCGAGGAGAUGGCGUUUUGUUCGAGGUCGUCAGGAAAAGCUGCACAUCAUUGAUCAGACGAAGGGAUACAGGGACACCGCACGACCACCGUUGAUCCAGAUACAAUAG